CGCCUCCUGCGUGAGGCCCGUGACUUCCAGGCUGCCCGCCUCGACCGCCACGACCGGGGGCCAUGCGCCCGCAUGCGCCCCCGACCCUCCACUGGCCUUGCCGAGAUCCUCGUCCUCGUUGGCGGCUGCGACCGUGACUGUGACGAGCUUGUCACCGUCGACUGCUACAACCCACGCACCGGCCACUGGCGCUACCUGGCUGAGUUCCCCGAGCACCUUGGCGGGGGCUACAGCGUCGCCGCGCUGGGCAACGACAUCUACGUCACUGGGGGAUCGGACGGAUCGAGGCUGUACGACUGUGUCUGGAGGUAUAAUUCCAGCGUGAACGAGUGGACGGAGGUGUCGCCCAUGCUGAAAGCCAGAGAAUACCACAGCUCCACGGUCCUGGAUGGGCUGCUGUACGUGAUCGCCUCCGACAGCACGGAGCGUUACGACCACUCGGUGGACAGCUGGGAGGCUCUGCAGCCCAUGCUGUACCCUAUGGACAACUGCUCCACCACCUCGUGCCGCGGCAAGCUGUUCGCCAUCGGCUCCCUGGCGGGCAAAGAGUCCAUGGUUAUGCAGUGCUACGACCCCGACAGUGACCUCUGGUCCCUCGUGAACUGUGGGCACCUGCCUCCCUGGUCCUUUGCCCCAAAGACCGUCACUCUCAACGGCCUCAUGUACUUCAUAAGGGAUGACUCGGCUGAAGUGGAUGUUUACAAUCCAGCAAAAAACGAGUGGGAUAAAAUCCCUGCCAUGCUUCAGGUUCAUGUUGGGGGGAGCGUGGCCGUCCUUGGCGGCAAGCUCUAUGUCUCUGGUGGCUAUGAUAACACGUUCGAACUCUCAGAUGUCCUGGAAGCCUACGACCCCGAGACACGAGCGUGGAGUGUGGUGGGCCAACUCCCUGAGCCCAUCUUCUGGCACGGCAGCGUCAGCAUAUUCCGGCAGUUCAUGCCAGAAACCACACAGGAGGAUGACGGCAUCACGCUGGACAACACCAUCAACUUGAACAGGCAGCGUCAAAACCUUCACAACCAGAACCUUAACGAGCUUCGUUAG